UGUACAGGUGUUUACAAAAAUUUUAUACCUUCUUAAUAAACAAAAUAAAUUCAAUAAUUAAGAAAAAAUUACUAAUUAAUAUUAUUAUUAAUUACAUUGUAAUUAAUUCGCGUUUGUUUGCAAUGUUUCGACAUCUAAAAAUCAACAAAAGUGCCUGGUAUACUUUUUUUCAUCACAUUGGAAGAAUAAAUUUAUCUCUCGCGAUCGGACAAUUAACAUUGUAAUAUACCGAUAAAUAGAAAGAAAAUAAUAAUACAUUUCCAACGAAAAUUGAAUAAAUCCUUUAUAAGUAUGUUAUAAUGCAAAUAUUGGAAUCGACGGGGAUGGUAUAAACAUGCUGAAUUUCAACAGUUUGCGUGGGUAUUAUAGGAAGAUCGGCAGAUGUCGGGUGGAUUCGCGGACCGGGCAUAUGAUUACAAAUAGAAAGCCCGGCAACUUUCGAUAGUAUUUGUUUACGAUUCGAGCCGAUAACAUCUAGAUAAGAUACAACCGUUGCUUGGAUAGGUCGACGCUUCCUCUGAAGCUAAGUUGACUUUAAAACUUAUAAAAUACUGAAGAUUUCCAGUUUUUCUGCAAAUAUGGGUGUUAAUUGGCUCGCACACGUUUAUGUUCAUCAUCCUUUUAAGAUCAUUAUCACGAUUUCUCUUCUUUCUGGAACUUGUUUAAUUCUUCCUUUUGUUAUAAGAGAUUUUCCGAACUUUAGUGAUCCCCAAUUGGGCUAUCAAACAAGAGGCACACCAAUGGCUAAUAAGUUGACGACUUGGUUCAAUUUAAUUGAACAGACCAAGGAGGAUGGAAUUUUUACCACAAACCCCAUGGAAUAUUUAUAUAGAAAGAAUAUUACCACUUUUUCUUUGAAUCGCAAUAACACAGCCCAAGAACUAGAUAACAAGGUUUAUGGAAAGGUGCUUAAUUCAUCUAAAAGACGGAAACUGACCCGCAGCAUAUUCAAUGGAACCUCCCAAGAUCACAACUGGUUUCAGUUACGCCUCUUUUUCGUGGGUAACCAAAAACACAAGAUCAGCGAAGAGGAUUGGGACCGACUCAGCGCUGGCAAAUCUGGCUACUUUUGCGGUUCUCCACGUAAAUCCGGAUUAUUCUCAUGUCGUCUUGGAAUCAGCCUAUGGACACGAUUUAUUCACAUUACAAUCCCUUCAAGCAAUCUGUCGCAUGCAAGAUGUUUUAACCCAAAAUAAACUAUUUAAAGGACUUUGUGUUAGACGUAUAAAAAGUAAACAAUGUUGUCGAUGUUGGUCCCUUCCAAAUUAUGUAGCUCUCCUGAAUGAUCGUGAAUCUUGUCGAGAUAUUACGGUUAAUGAUGUAGAAAAAACGAAAGAGUUAUUACGAAAUUGUUCGCAUUAUUAUCACAGUGCGAAAUUAAGCUACGAUUGCAGCCAAGAAAACGAAGCAUGUCAUCUUCCUGCUCAUUGUUCAAAACAUAAUGCUGUCUUUAGUAUUAUGAAUUAUUUAACAAGUACUUCAUUUUUGCCACCAAAUAAAACUGAAGACAUAAAAUUACACCAAACAAUAAUUUUUAUUCCGGUUGCUUGUUCUUCUGUUAUGUUAGAUUAUUACAAUGAAAUUGUAGUUGCUACAUUGAAUUUCGAUGGAAUUUCAAUUGUAGCAAGUGAGUUUGGUUUAAAAAGUUUAGUUUUUGAGCAAUAUUUAAUUAGAGAUUCUUGGCUACUCAGUUUUGGUGCUUUGUUUGUUUUUGUAACCAUGUGUUUUUAUACACGAUCAAUAUUUCUUACUAUUAUGACAAUAAUUGGCAUAUUAUUUUCACUUGGAGUUUCAUAUUUCCUGUACAAGUUCGUUUUUAACCUGGAUUAUUUUCCGUUCAUGAAUCUGUUGACCAUCGUUAUCGUUUUAGGUAUCGGUACUGAUGAUGCGUUUGUGUUUUGUAAUAUCUGGAAAAUGCAGAAAGAAUCUUUCGGGGGUCCUUUGGUUAAGGUGAUGUCUUCAACGUUAGAUCACGCAAUCGUUUCGAUGAUAAUAACAUCAUUUACGACCGCGGUAGCUUUUGCCGCAUCAUAUAUUAGUUCAAUAACGGCAAUUAAGUGUUUCAGUUUAUUUGCGAGUAUUACGAUUAUGAUUAACUGUUUUAUGAUGAUAUUUUGGUUCCCACCUUGCGUAAUUAUUUGGGAAAACAAGUUUCGAUCGAUGAAUAGCACCUCAAAAUGUACGCGACCGAUUUGGAAACGAUUUUCGCGACAAUUUCGUCGCCUUAGUCCAAGUUGGAUAAUUACAUUGAAAACUAUCUUUAUCGAUUCAGUUAUAAGAUUUAGACACACUUGGUUUUGGACGUUAUCACCGGUGGCUGUUGCGUGUGGAAUUGUUGUUUUUUAUUAUCCAAAACUUCAGUUACCCAAUACCAACGAAUUUCAAUUAUUGCAUAAUUCACAUCCUUUCGAGCAAUAUGAAAUGCAUUAUAGUAAAAUGUUUUGGUUCAGUAAAUCAUUGAGGGAAGAUCAAAAAAUGAAAUUACCACUAAGAUUUGUUUGGGGAGUUGUUCCCCAAGAUAACGGAAAUUACCUUGAACCAUUAUCGUAUGGAACUUUACAACUCGACGAAAGGUUUAACAUGUCUCACCCAGAUUCGCAGGUUUGGUUGUUAAAUUUUUGUCGAAACAUCCGCGAACAUUUUUUUCAUGGAAUAAAUUUGGGUUUGACGCUUACAAAUUGUUUUAUCGAAACGUUCAAGGAAUGGAUGAAAAGGAAAUGUGAGGAUGAUAUGGAAAACGUAAAUCAUAGCCCUUGCUGCGAAACGGAAACAUUUCCGUUUCGCAGCUGGGUAUUCGAAAAAUGUGUUGUCGAAGCGAUUGCUUAUCUUUACAAAACACCACAAGCUUUUCGUUCACACGGUUUUGCAGGCCCCAAAUUUUCAAAAGAAAAUGAUCCCGUUAUUAAAGCCUUGGUCAUUGAAUUCCAGAGUAACUACACAUUUUCAUUAUCCUAUAACCACAUGGAAGAAUUUGUAAAUGAAGUGGAAACUUGGUUUAUUAAUGAAUUAGAAACUGCACCAGAAACGAUGCGGGGUGGCUUUUUUAUCAGUAACACCGACUUUUACGAUUUACAAAAAGUUUUGUCCGAAGGUACAGUAACAGCUGUAAUAGUAUCAAUGACUUUGUCGCUAAUAGUGUUGUAUUUGACAACGCUAAAUAUCAUCACAAGCACUUUUGCUAUCAUGAACAUCACUUGUAAUGUUGUAGUAACGCUGGCAUUUUUAAUUUUAUUAAAAUGGACCUUAAAUAUUAUUGAAUCAAUGUCUAUAUCAUGCGCCAUUGGUUUAGCCGUUGAUUUUCCGCUACAUUACACGGUCAGUUACAAAUUUCAAUCGUCUAAUCAUCAAAAUAGACUCAGCAUUGCUCGACAAGCUUUAACGAAUAUGUUAACACCGGUUACGAUGUCCGCUUUAACAACCGGAGUAGUCGGUGCUUUAAUGUUACCUUCAAGGGUAAUGGCUUACAUCCAAAUCGGCACGUUUCUUAUAAUCGUUGUAACCAUAAGCUGGAUAUACUCGACUGUUCAUUUAAUAUCAAUGUUGGCUUUGUUUGGACCCAUACGCAAUUUUGGCCAAUGUACCUACAAACGAUUAUUUUGUAAGAAAACGGAAAGGAGGCCGAACCCUCUUCGAAGAGUUCCUCCGAAAUCCGAUGAGCACGAGAUGGAUUUGCUAACGGUUAAACCAAGUACUACAAAUAUUAAACCUCCCUCUUCAUCUUCAAACCAAUCUCCUUCGGGUGUCAGUGUAAUCACGGUUACAACGCAACCCGAAGAAAUUUGAUUACAAUCGAAUUUCCUAAUAAAAAGAUCCCCGCUUAACUCAACAUACGUACUUAACGUAUGUUCAAUAUUAAGAGUACCAAAUCAUUACAUCAAUAGAUAAAUCUGUUAAUGUAACUUAAAAGAACUUAUUAAAUAGGAGUUCAACAAUUUUUGUGACACUUCAGGGGUGUUUCUAAUGAACAUACGAUAUAUCAACGAUAAAAUCUUGGCUUUAAGUCUCAUAACCCAUCUUUCACCCCAAACACCUGAAUGUUAACUGUGAUAAUUGUAUGCAUUUACAGUUUUGUAGUUUUUUAUGUUGAAUGUAAAAGCGGCUUUUGGAAACGUUCGAGAGUUUAUCUUGGUGUUAACCGAUAAAAUCUUUUAAUUUUUUGACAGACUUCGAAAGAAAUAUUAUGAUCGUUGGAUAUUUAAACGUUCUUUAAAGCCGUUUAUGCAUUUUUGCAGGAGGUUUUAUCCACUUUAUUCAAAAAUAUGUAAGUAUAUACUCUUGACUGUCUAUGAAUGUUAGAUAUUAAUCUGUAUUUGGAAAUAUUAUAAAUGUAACAUUCCAAAUGUACUUUAAUAAAACUUAAAAGGCACUUACUUUUUUAAUAAUACAUUUUUUUUUGAUCAAAUAAUUAUAAUUCAAUAAUUAAAACAAUUUUCAAUGACUUUGUCAGUAAUAGUGUUGCAUUUGACAAUAUUAAAUAUCAUCACAAGCACUUUUGCUAUCAUAAACAUCACUUGUAAUGUUGUAGUAACGUUGGCCUUUUUAAUUUUAUUAAAAUGGACCUUAAAUAUUAUUGAAUCAAUGUCUAUAUCAUAUAGGGUCAGUCAUAAAUUUGAAUCGUCUAAUCAUCAAAAUAGACUCGGCAUUGGUUACGAUGUCCGUUUUAACAACCGAAGUAGUCGGUGUUUUAAUGUUACCUUCAUCCGUAAUGGCGUAUAUUCAAAUCGGCACGUAGCUUAUACGUGUUAUAAUCAUAAACUGGAUAUACUCGACGAUUCAUUUAGGAUCAGUAUUCGCCUUGUUUGGACCAAUACACAAUUAUAGACAAUGUUCCAACAACCAAUUAUUUUGUAAGAAAACGGAAAGGAGGCCGAACCCUCUUCGAAGAGUUCCUCCGAAAUCCGAUGAGCACGAGCUGUUUGCGCACAAUUUUGAAUACACUCAAAUUUCCUUAUAAAAAAAUCCCCGCAUAACUCCUUAAAGAAUAUUUCAGACUUACGAUCUAAGUAUACAGCAAAAAGACUUAAAAUGAAAAAAAAAUAGUAUUCUUGGAAAAAUCGUAAGUCGGAAAUAACGUAUGUUCAAUAUUAGGAGUAUCAAAUCAUUUUAAUUAAUGAUUGAUCCUUAUUGUACCUUUAGUCACUAUCUUCUUUGUUAUUAUCAUUAAUUUAUAUCCUUUAUAACUUAAUUUUCUUAAAAUUGUCAACAAAAUACUUUUGGAGUGCCAUGAUUUAACUAAUACAUAAAUCUGUUAAUGUAUAAUUAUAUUAAAUAUCUUAUUAAAUGGGAGUUCUAUAAUUUUUGUGGCUCUUCGGAAGUGUUUCUAUUGAACAUACGAUAUAUCAAUGAUAAAACCUUGGCUUUAAGUGUAAUAACCCUUCAAUUCCCGUCUUUUACCCCAAACACCUGAAUGUUAACUGUGAUAAUUGUAUUUAUUUACAGUUUUGUAGUUUUUUAUAUUGAAUGUAAAGGCGGCUUUGGGAAACUUUUUUUUAUUAUUUUGACAGACAUUGAAAGAAAUUUUAUGAUCGUUGGAUAUUUAAACGUUCCUUAAAGCCGUUUAUGCAUGUUUGUAGGAGGUUUUGUCCUCUUUAUUCUAAAAUAUAUAAGUAUAUACUCUUGAUUGUCUACGAAUGUAAUUAAUGUACUUCAAUAAAACUUAAAAGGCA